ACCAGAGCCUAAUUUUGAGGCAACAGAGAACCUUAACAUCUCUGCUCAUCAGUUUCUCUAAUCCAAGCAAUGGCAAUGUCUCACCCCUCUCAAAGUGGCAACUUGUUAGCCUUAGCCCUUGCCAUUUUCCUAUUGAUCCCAUGCUGCUUAUCUGACAAAGCAGUCCUGGAGUUGUUCGAGAGAGCGUGUCAUUGCUUCGAUGACCCCAAUAUCUACCACAUGUGCGCGGAAGAGUUCAGGCUGAACGCGGAGGGCGCGUUCCACGUCCAGAAGGAAGAGGUCGACGGGUAUUGCGGCGGGCCGUGCUUGGAGGAGACGAAGCUGGCGCUGCAGUGCGUGGAGGAGGUGGCCGCCGAGAGCUUCAGGUUCUCCAACGGCGCGUCGGUGCUGGCGGUGAAGCAGGCGCUUGACACGGGAUGCAGCUACGGCCCCGACAGAGGAACCUUCGAGAUCCGCGAGCGCAAGGACUGCAUCGGCGGCGUCGACGAGUACUACUACCACCACCCUCGCGACCACGAGCAGGAGAAGCCGGCCGCCACUGGCCGAUACUACGGCGAGGGGAGCGAGCAGCCGUACGGCCAGCAGGGUGGCAGUUGGGGCAAGGGCGAGGGCGAGGAGUACUGCUACGGGGACGCAGGUGGCAGGCUAGGAGGGCUCUCCGGCUUCCUGCAGAUGCUGCUGCUGCUCGUCGCAUCUGCACCGCUGCUUCUCGCACUCUGAAUUCAGUCUGUACUACCAGAUUCUUAGAUGAUGUUGAGGCCAGUUUAGUGGCCAGUUAGACUGUGUUGUAUGAUCGUAUAGCGUGUGGUACUGUACUCGUUCAUUUUUCCUUCUCGUUUCGAUUUUGAACAUAGAUACAUUUAUAAUAUGCACCUUCGACAAAUACUUUCUCUAAAUAGAUGUUUGUAAAA